AUGUUCAUACGUGAGAAACAAUUUUUGUUGAUAUUUGUGCUGUUCUUUCUCUUAUUCUUCAACUGUGUUAAUGGUGGGCACUUUGUUCUGGUUCAUGGGGCACUACAUGGUGCAUGGUGCUGGUAUAAAGCGGCAACUCUGCUGAAAUCAGCUGGUCAUAAUGUCACAGCUCUAGACAUGUCUGCUUCUGGAAUCAAUCCAAGGAAAACACAAGAGGUUCUUUCAAUUUCAGAGUACCAUGAACCUUUGAUGGAAUUCAUGGGGUCACUUCCUUCAAAGGAGAAGGUGAUUCUUGUUGGUCACAGUCUUGGAGGGUUAUCUGUAUCAGUUGCUAUGGAAAAGUACCCUAGAAAAAUCCAUGUUGCUAUUUUCCUCUCUGCAACCGUUGUCAGUGAAAACUUCACUUAUCAGGAUUUUAUUCAUGAGCGAAGGAAAAGAGUGGGGUUCACUUUUGACAAACAAUAUUUCAUCUUUGAUGGGGCGGACAAACCUCCAAUCCUCUCAUCCGACGGAUUCGAACUCAUAUCAUCCAGAAUGUAUCCAUUAUCACCACCUCAGGAUUUGACGCUUGCUUUAUCUUUGGUGAGACCUUUACCUCCAUUUACAAGCAAUGUUGAAUUGUUGUCAAAACAAACAGCAGUUACAAAGGAUAAGAAUGGAAGGGUACCUAAAGUUUUCUUCAUCACUGAAAAAGACAAUUUGCAAACACAGGAUAAUCAGGAGUGGAUAAUUGAAAGAACAGGUCCAUAUGUUGAGGUGAAAGUGAUACAGGGUUCAGAUCACAUGGCCAUGCUCUCCAAACCCAAAAAGCUAAGCUCUGAGCUUCUAAAAUAUACCAUCCAUGAUCAUAUAAUAAAUGUUGAUGUACCAUCUCUGACUUCCACACUUUCUUAUUGGUCUGUACUGUGA